UUCUUUGUGCACAUAUUCACUAUUUAUUGUUUACAGUUUGAUAAAAGCAAUUAUGGUUUGAACUGGAUUAUAACUUGUGACUAUUAGAUAGUAUGGAAGAUAUAUAUAGUUUUACUUUUAGUCUAAUGAAACAAACCGCACUGAAGAGUAUUUCAGUUAUGUUCCAUAUGUUGAUUACGAACGUAAAUUUAUCUCGUUUUUGUGGUAAAACCUGUAUGUGAAUUCAUUAAUCAUGAACUAAAUUUGAGAAUUGAAAAUGUAAACACAAACAUGUUUAUAUUUAUUGAAAUACCUAGAUGCCCCAAAUUCAAUAACGUGUAAAUACGUUAUUUGCUGAACACUGAUUAAUUUUUCGUGAUUUUGUGGUUAGAUAUAUUGUUCGAAAAACAACAUCUUUCAGUUAUCGUCAGUUUGAACACAGCUUUUGAAGAAGUUUGUUGAACGGAAAAUGGCGUCAGGAGAUUCAACUAAAUAUUUCCAAAAAGAUCAAGUGGAAUUCGAAGAGGACUUCUUCGGUUUAUUCACUGAUAAAACCACUGGGCAAAGCAGCUCCGUCAGGAGAUUCACUUGGAGAAAUUCAAAUAGUGUAACUGUCCAAGUCAUCACAUACGGAGCUACAAUCACUUCAAUCAAGAUUCCUGGUAAAACUGGCCACGUGGAUGAUAUUGUCAUGGGAUUCAAUGAUAUGGAAGGAUAUUUGAAUCGCCUGAACCCUUACUUCGGCGCCACUGUUGGACGCGUGGCAAACCGAGUCGGCUACGCCAGAAUAGAAAUCGAUGGUACAACUUACAACGUUACAGCAAACUUGGGAUUGCAUCAACUUCACGGAGGCUUGAGAGGUUUCGAUAAAGUAAACUGGGAUCAUUAUGUGAAUGGCACCAAGGUGGUCCUAAGCUACCUUUCCAGAGAUAAUGAAGAGGGAUACCCGGGGGACGUGCUGGUUAAUGUUUCGUUUGAACUAACGAACAUGAACGAGUUCUUGGUGGAUUUUACAGCCACUUCCACAAAACCCACUUUCGUCAAUUUAACCAAUCAUUCGUACUUUAAUUUGGCUGGACACAAUAAAGGAGCCGGAGAAUUGUAUAAGCAUGUUGUUUCCAUAAACGCAGAUUAUACAACGGAUGUCGAUGACAACUCAAUUCCUUCAGGAAAACUCCUCCCCGUCGCUGAAACAAUUUUUGAUCUGAGAAUUCCCAGAGUUCUAGGAGACGUCAUCCAUAAAAUUCCCGGCUACGACGGCUACGACCAUAACUUCUGCAUAAACAAAGGAUCCAAGCAAGAAAUCACUUUUAUAGCUAGAGCCGUUCAUCCUCCAACCGGGAGAGCAUUGGAGAUAUAUAGCAAUCAACCAGGUGUUCAGUUUUACUGUUCCAACAGUAUUCCGGAAGAUCCAAAGAACUUCAAGGGAGACAAAUCCAAGUUGGAAACAUUGGUUGGCAAAGACGGAAAUUACUACAAACAUGGUGCUUUCUGUUUCGAAACUCAGAAUUGGCCCGAUGCAAUUAAUCAUAAAAACUUUCCUCCAGCUGUGUUGUAUCCUGGACAAAAAUACCACCAUAGCGUAAUCUACAAGUUCUUUGUUGAUUAAGAUGAAAUUAAAUAAAGAUGGAAAAUUUA